UCCCAUUUCUCUUCAUCCCUCUACACUCACUUUUGAGAAUAUUAAUGAAAAUGGGAAUCGCCGGCGGCAUUGUCUUCCUCGUCGUCACCGUGUUGUCACUUGCCGAAGCUAGAAUCCCCGGAAACUACGGCGGCGGGGCUUGGCAAAGCGCUCAUGCAACUUUCUACGGUGGUAGUGACGCCUCCGGUACAAUGGGUGGUGCUUGUGGAUAUGGGAACCUAUACAGCCAAGGGUACGGAGUCAACACCGCGGCACUGAGCACCGCGCUAUUUAACAACGGGUUUAGCUGUGGCGCUUGCUUCGAAAUCAAGUGUGCUAACACCCCGCAGUGGUGCCACCCCGGAAGCCCCUCCAUUUUCAUCACGGCCACCAAUUUCUGCCCACCAAAUUUCGCCUUGCCAAACGACAACGGCGGUUGGUGUAACCCUCCUCGUACUCACUUCGACCUCGCAAUGCCAAUGUUCCUUAAAAUCGCUGAGUAUCGUGCUGGCAUUGUUCCCGUCUCGUACCGCCGGGUCCCUUGCAGGAAGGCAGGGGGAAUCAGGUUCACAAUUAACGGAUUCCGUUACUUCAAUUUGGUUUUGAUUAGCAAUGUCGCUGGUGCGGGUGAUAUUCAAAAAGUGUGGGUCAAAGGCACGAAGACGAACUGGAUGAGCAUGAGUCGUAAUUGGGGUCAAAACUGGCAAUCUAAUGCUGUUCUAACUGGUCAAUCACUCUCCUUCAGGGUCACCGGUAGUGACCGACGCACCUCCACCUCAUGGAACAUUGCACCUGCCCAUUGGCAAUUUGGUCAAACCUUCACCGGGAAAAACUUCCGGGUGUGAAGAACAGGAACGAUUCCCACAAUCUAAUUUGCUCAAAUCGUUUCUCGUGAGUAAUGACUUUUUAAAACCAACGUAUUUAGUUUUUUACCGCAAACAUAUCAAAGUUUGUUGUAAAACUAUUCAAUUUUUUGCAAAAUUGUCAAUCUUAGACAACCAAAUUGCAGGUAUGACGAACUUUAAUAAUGACAACGGUUAGUUGUGUUGAAAAGACGAAUACCAUAGUUUAGCUAUUGUGUUUUUUAUGAGGGGGUGUGACUGUAAAAUAUGUAAAAGAUUAAGGUUUGUAUUAUAAAUUCUAAAGAGCAAGGUUAGUUUAAAAGUAACUUUGGUUGGAUCAUAAUAUAUAUGACAAGUGUGUUUUUGUAA